GCUCGGACCAUCACCAUGGCAUCCAGCGGAUAUCUGCAGGCAGCGGUGCUUCUCCUGGCGGUCCAGCUCCUCUGUGUCGGUGCAGCUGCUGCGGAUCAGGAGCCCGGGACUGUCAUCCCUGCCGAAAGUCGCCCAUGUGUGGACUGUCAUGCAUUUGAGUUCAUGCAGAGGGCACUGCAAGAUCUAAAGAAGACUGCUUUCAACCUUGAUGCCAGGACGGAGACGCUGGUGCUGAGAGCAGAGAGGAGGGCUCUGUGUGACUGUAUGCCGACCAACUCACUGCGCUGAGAUCUCACGAGUCCACGUCCACCUGCCGUCACACCCCCCCCCCCCCCCCCCCGACAACACGCUGAAGACAACCCUGUCCCACUCUCCUCAUGUACAGCGAUUCUCAUCUUAACUUAUUCACACGAUAGGCACUUUAUUUUAUUUUCUGUCACACCACCGUUGAGUGAAGCUUUGAUUUCAUAUCGUGCAUCGUAAGGCGUGUUAUUGUUCUGCCUUAUUCAGGACGACUGAUGUUUUACAUUGUGAAACACUUGCCUGUUGAGGUAGUUUGUCGUCAUUGUUAUAGGAUUUUGUUCAGCUCUCAUCCGUCUCCUAUGAAACAAACUAUUUUUUGUACUUUUUAGUAUUUGACUGUAUAAUAUAGAUACAGCAGAAUGCAUUGAUAAAUUCAUUUGUUGAAUGUGUUGUACGAGAUUAAUGUUUACGACGAUUAUACACAUCAAACUGUAGCAUCACGUGGAAUUUAUUUAACUGCUCAAAAUAUUUCGAUAAUGCUAAUUUCAAUAUUUCAAUAAUGUUUAAGUUGAUGAAAUUUAGGAAUCAGCAAAAUGACUGUAAUUAAUUCAAAUUAAUUGAUUUGCAGGCUGGCUUCUUUUGCAAAAAUGGUUGGGUAACUUAUUAAAAACUGUUAUUUUUAUUUGUAAUAAUGAUUUUUUUUUGUAAAGAAAAAUAGUCAGCAGAAAGAAAAAUGAAAUUUUACAAACAAUAUUUUCAGACUUUUCUUUGUUUUGGCAAAAAAAAAAAAAAGGUCUUGAUUUAGCACAGCACUGUAGCAUGAAUUCACAGCACUUUCUGUUAACCUACUGUUAAUAUAGAUUGUAUGUAUAUAUUAUGUAUGUACACGGGUACAUGUAACAAAGGUGUCAACAGAUUUGUCCUCUCUGUUUGACAAAGGUGUGUGGAAGAGUAGUGACGGACUAUAUAGUAUAGAGGAAUGCUAACUGCAGCAGGGGACAUAGACAUAGGAAGAAAUAAUUGUCUUAUCGUUGAUUGUUCAUGAACAUUGUCCUUUGUUGACAUUACGUCACAGGAAGAUCCAUUUAUUGUCUUAAUGUUGUACCUCAAUAAAAACAAUGAAUGAUCUUGA